AAGAAGCAAAGAGCCUCUUCUGCCUCCUCGCGUGAGGAGUGGUCUCUCCCCGUCCAUCCAGCCGCCGGCGCCGGCCCCGGCCACACUCAUCUAAUCAACCACCGAAUCCAAUGCAUCCACCGAAUCCAAGCUGACACCGGAGGAGAAUCGAGGAGGAGAAUCUCGGGGGAGUCGGAUCCAUUGACCUGCCUGCGCGGCGGAGGAGGCGCUCCCCGUCCCUUCCAGAUCGACGGCCACCGGCAGGAGGUGGGGAGCGGAGCGCCGGAGGAGCCGCGACCUCGAAACAGGAGGCCGCCGCCUGGGGCGCAUAUCGGCUCGAUUGGUCCUACCUAGCUAGGGUUUCAGUCAGCCGGCCGGGACCAUGGAGUCGCCGCCGCCCAAGCGCAACGUCGGCCACGGCGGCGAGGACGGGAUCAGCGCGCUCCCCGACCACCUCCUCCUCGACAUCCUCGAGCGCCUCGACCUGCGCGAGGCGGUCCGCGCCGGCGCGCUCUCCACGCGGUGGCGGCACCUCCCCAGCCACCUCUCGCGUGUGCACCUUGACGUCGCUCACUUCGGCGGCGCCACGCCGCUCGAGGUCAUGGACGCGUUCACGGGCGCGGCGCGGGCCUUGCUCGCUCGGGUUCCUCCCGCCGAGGGCGUGUGCGACAGUGGUGCCCUCAAGGUGCUCGUCCUCAGCUUCUACACGUCUUCCCCUCACCUGAACUCCAUAGGCCGCCUAGUCGAGGACAUUGUGAGCUUGGGCAACACCGAAUGCCUUGAGUUCUUCAUAUCCCCGCUGCCCACCGACCUGCUGGACAGCGAGAUUGAGAAUAUGCAGGAGUUCAUGGCCUUCUCCCGCGCCUACCCAGUCGCCUUCUCAUGGCUCACCAGGCUUAGGCUCGAAUAUCAUGCUUUUGGACAUUCUGAUAUCACUAACCUCAUUAGCACUUGCAGUAGGCUCAGGCACCUCAGCUUGAGAUUCUGCAGAAUGCUUGAUCUGGACUCCACGCUCAAGAUCGAUGUGCCGUGCUCUGAGCUCCAGGAGCUCGAGUUCCUCGGCUUUUUGUGCACGCGGAUUGAGCUCGUCUCUGCCCCGAAGCUUAGGCAAGUGGUGUGCUAUCAUUGGCACUUGGAGAACCCUCCGGUGCGCUUCGGCUACGUUCCUGAGCUUCGAGGUGUAAUGCUCUCUUCUAACGCCAAGUCAUGGCAAAAGCCAUUCGCGCUGAGCGAGUGCCUGUCAAGGAAUGCCAGGAAUCUGUCGACACUGACUCUGUGUUUUGAGGGCCAAAUGAUUUGGAUUCAGCCAGAACACCCGAAGCAGCUCACUCCUAUUUUCAGAAAACUGACCACUGUGUUUCUUCUCGGUAUCUUCAGUGAGUGUGAUCUGAGCUGGACACUGUUUAUCCUUGAAGCUGCACCUGCCCUACAGGAUUUUGCAUUAUCUCGACAUUCAUGUAUCAAGACGCCCGAGGGCAGUGCCGAGAAGACCAACAUGGUGUGGGAGCCAUCCAAGGAUUUGAAGCACCUGAACUUGAAGAUGCUGGUGAUCAUCGGGUGCGAGGAUGAAGACAUGGUGACAAACUUUAUAAGGCUUAUCAUGGAACGAGCUGUGGGGUUGUUGAAAAUCCAGCUGUGUGGUGAAAACCGUUGCAUGUACUGCAAUUGCACCAACCUUGAAAGAUCCAAGGCGGAAAAAGCUAGCAGGCGUCGGAUUAAGGAGCAACUCACACAUGGAACAUCCUCAUCCGUGGAGAUAAUUAUCUGUUGACGGAUAUGGUCAUGGGAUGCUAGUGGUCUCGUAAUGCUCGCAGGCUUGCAGCAGCUUGAGCAAUGACUGGGGUGCGCCGCCAGUUGUAAUUCUAAUUUCUAGUUAUCGGUAACCUGAGAAUUCUUGCUCGGCGUGGACCUCGCAAUUCUAAUUUCUGGUUAUUGGUAGCCUGGGAAUAGUUGAUCACACUGUGUGUACUUGAAUCUGGAUGCAUGUAUUUCUCUUUCAGUUUACCGAGUAAUUGCGCACCUACCUUGUGCUGAUUUUUUA